GCGUCGGCGCAGCGCCUGCCGGGAGGCGGAAGCGGAAGCGGAAGCGCGCGUCUGCCCGGAGCGAUGGCAGCCGGAGGCCCGAGCCGCUCGGAGCGCAAAGCAGCGGAGCGGGUGCGCCGGCUGCGGGAGGAGCAGCAACGGGAGCGCCUCCGCCAGGUGUCGCGCAUCCUGAGGAAGGCGGCGGCCGAGCGCAGCGCGGAGGAGGGCCGGCUGCUGGCCGAGAGCGAGGACCUGGUGACCGAGCUGCAGGGCCGGAGCCGGCGGCGCGAAGGCCUGAAGCGGCGGCAGGAGGAGGUGUGCGACGACCCCGAGGAGCUGCGGAGGAAGGUGCGGGAGCUGGCGGGCGCCGUGCGGAGCGCCAAGCACCUGGUGGUCUACACGGGCGCGGGGAUCAGCACGGCAGCCUCCAUCCCAGACUACCGGGGCCCGAACGGAGUGUGGACGCUGCUUCAGAAGGGGAGGCGCGUGAGUGCCGCCGACCUGAGUGAGGCGGAGCCCACCCUCACCCACAUGAGCAUCGCCCGCUUACACGAGCAGAAGCUGGACGGUUGUCCCGCUGCCUGCUGCUGCCCCGCCCUGUCCCCUCAGGUGCAGCACGUGGUGUCUCAGAACUGCGACGGGCUCCACCUGCGGAGCGGGCUGCCGCGCUCGGCCAUCUCGGAGCUCCACGGGAACAUGUACAUCGAGGUCUGCACGGCCUGCACUCCCAACAGGGAGUACGUGCGGGUGUUCGACGUGACGGAGCGCACCGCCCUGCACCGGCACCAGACCGGCCGGGCCUGCCACAGGUGCGGGGCGGCGCUCCGCGACACCAUUGUGCACUUUGGGGAGAGGGGGACCCUGGGGCAGCCUCUGAACUGGGAGGCAGCCACCCAGGCUGCCAGCAAAGCAGACACGAUCCUGUGUUUAGGCUCCAGCUUAAAGGUUCUAAAGAAGUACCCACGCCUCUGGUGCAUGACUAAGCCCCCCAGCCGGCGGCCCAAGCUCUACAUUGUGAACUUGCAGUGGACCCCAAAGGAUGACUGGGCUGCCCUGAAGCUCCACGGGAAGUGUGAUGAUGUCAUGCAGCUCCUGAUGGACGAGCUGGGCCUGGAGAUCCCCCCCUACAGCAGGUGGCAGGACCCCAUCUUCUCCCUGGCAACCCCCCUGCGGGCUGGUGAAGAAGGCAGCCACAGUCGGAAGUCGCUGCGCAGAAGUCGAGAGGAGCCCUCACCUGGAGACCAGGGCGCACCACUCAGCUCAGCCCCCAUCCUAGGUGGCUGGUUUGGCAGGGGCUGCGCCAAAGGCACAAAAAGGAAGAGAGUGACAUAACCUGGUGCUCGAGUGAGAACAGCAGUUGGCACUUUGCAGAUGGCUGGACCUCGGAUCCAGGGGCUGGUGGCACCCAGCACGCCGGGAAUGCCCCGCAGGUCCAGUGAGAAUGCUCUGGGGGUGACAUUGUCACGGUGACACGCUUAGCCAUUUGUCUGGGUGGGGAGCCCCCUUGCACUGCUGUGCUUCCCCGCCUGCCUCCCCCACCGGUGGGCCUGGGUGCUGACCAGUGGCCCAUCCAGUCUGUCCUAGAGGUGGCAGCCACGCCGUCCUGUGGGAACAGAACUCGGGGUACAUCACACCUGGCCAGCCAAGAGGAAGCACUGGCUGCCUUGCCUCCUCCUCCAGGCCAGUCUCAGGGGCCUCAACUCUAUUUCUACUUCCUGUAAAAAUGCUCACUUUGUAGCAGACUUUUUCCUGUGUUGGUAUGCGGCCUCAGCAGACCUUUGUGUUGCUAAUAAACAUCUCUGCGCUGUC